CCCAGCAUUUUCCCUGGGCCAGCAGCCCACGUGACAAGAUUCCACGGGCUUGAUUUUUGGCUUGUUUGGAAGGCGGCUCCGUGGGGAACUCAGCCCGCCUCGAGUCCAACUUACGCGUGGAAAGACGCCCGGCCUCUUGACGUCGGGCCACUAUCCCUCUGGCCUCGUCUCGUCUUCUCUUCUCGCGAAUGGCGGCGCUGUGCGAUCUCCGUCGCUGCCCCCUCCGCCAGUGAUUUCUGGGACGCGCGACGAACACGAGUUGGAAGGAGGUGGUCGUGCUUUGGGCGGCGAAGGACCUGGGCGCUAGCAGCCUCAGACCCUGACAGAUCACAACCUGACAGAUCACAGGCGCUACCAAAAGCGACGGGCGGCCGACGGCGGCAUUGCAGUUGGAGCGAGCGAGCGCGGUGCCUUUCGGACGACACUGAGCACAGAUAAUGGGUUCUUGGGAGGAGAAUGUUAGGCAAUUUUUGUUGGAGGAGGAGGAAGAUGAUGAUGAACUAUUCUUUGUUAUUCUCCCUGCUAUAAUCCCAUACCUCUCGGAAGAGAAAAGACCCAUCCACACAUCCUCCCUCACCGGUGCUAAAAAGGUUAAAGAAAUUCUUGAAGGGCAUGAGAGCUGGUGCAAAUCUGAGUUUAGAAUGGAAAAGGAAAUAUUCAAAGCCACGUCAAAUUUUCUUAGAAGGGAGAAUUUACUACGUGACACACGAGGAGUUAGUGUUGAGAAGCAACUUGGGAUGUUCAUGUAUAUGAUCUCCCACAACGCCAGUAACCAAAUGCUACAAAAGGCUUUUCAACACAGUGGAGAGACUAUCCAUCGAAAAAUAUCUGAAGUUUUUGAGAUAGUUCCCAUACUAACUCAACGAUUUGUGAAGCUUCCUAGCUCAGUUCAAACUCAUGCUAGGAUUGCAACAGAUUCUAGGUUCAUGCCCUUUUUUCAGAAUUGCCUUGGUGCCAUUGACGGCACACAUGUAUCCAUCACUAUCGCAGAAGAUAGGGCCCCUCCAUAUAGAAAUAGAAAAGGAACUCUUUCACACAAUGUUAUGGUAGUCUGCGACUUUGAUCUCAAUUUUACAUUUGUCUCGUGUGGAUGGGAAGGGUCGGCAUCAGACGCAGGGGUGCUUCGAUCUGCUAUUAGCAAAAGAUUUAGUGUGCCAGAAGGAAAGUUUUAUCUUGUAGAUGGUGGGUAUGCAAAUACACCAUCAUACAUUGCACCAUACAGAGGUGUUCGAUACCAUCUCAGUCAAUUUAGGAGGAGUCGUUCAUCACAAAGUGGUUAUGCAAACUACAAAGAGUUAUUCAAUCAUCGCCAUGCAAUUCUCCGCAACCAUAUAGAGAGGGCCAUUGGUGUUCUUAAGAAAAGGUUCCCAAUUCUAAAAGUAGACACAUUCCAUCCCAUAGAAAAUCAAAUCAAGAUCGCAGCUGCAGCCAUUACAUUUCACAACAUAAUUAGAGGGCAAAAUGGUGAUGAAGGAUGGCUGGACAACCAACUAGAUUAUAUAUCUCCAAGCCAUUACAUUGGUGUUACUUGGUACUUGCAGAGUGCUGAGUGGAAGCAACAUAUGAAGCUGACACGGAAAAGGAAAAUGGAUGAUCUCCUUGGUUAUGUUUCCCUGUCUUGUGCAUGCUGCAUUUCCUGCUACCGUGAAGACCGGGGUCCAGGAGAGUAGGAGACUGAAAGCACUGUCGAGAAGACUGAAAUUAUCACAUUGACAUGAAGACCAAAGCCAUCUCUUACCUACUUAUCUUUGUAGCUUACGUUUCUAUUUUAUUCUGUCAUGAAAACUAAAGUCUUAUGUAUGGUCAUUAUGUACUAUUUUGGUUCUGAAAAUAUUUGUUUAUGUUAUGAAAACUAUUGGUUGAAAGAAUGGUGAUUACGGUUU